GUUAGUGGUCCGACAGGCAUGACGGUGAAGAGAAACUGGGUCACCGAUUGAAAUUCGUUUAUGUCACAGUUGUGUGGGUUGCUAUUACAUAUUACCCAGCGGCUUUCAAUGGAUAGACUACUCUCAGCGGACCUAUUAGGUUGAUGGUUUGCAGCAGCUGCUUAGGAUCAGAUCAUCUUGGGGUAGACUCGGCACACUCGGCAAACUGGAUGAAACUAGGUCAGGCUGAAUCAGAACUAUACCAGACCUGAACUGAGCAGACCGGGCUGAUCCAGACGACACCGGGCCCGACCAGGAGGCCUGUUCCAGUUUCCUAUCCAGUUGAGGGCUCAAGAGUGGAUGGAAGGAGAUGAUUUUAACACAGAGGCAGUGAUGAACAUCUGUGAUGACCUGAUGGCAGACCAAAGGAUGGACAUCUCGUCUACAAUGACUGACUUUAUGUCCCCCGGGUCCACCGACCUCAUCUCCAGCUCCAUCAGCACGCCUGGCAUGGACUAUACCCGCAAGAGGAAGGGCAGCACCACCGACUACCAAAUUGAUGGCUUCUCAUUUGAUGACAUGGACCCAGACAAAGAUAAACUGGGAAGUGACCAACAGGGCCGGAUUAAGAACGCCAGAGAGGCUCACAGCCAGAUCGAGAAGCGUCGCAGGGACAAGAUGAACAGCUUCAUUGACGAGCUGGCGUCACUGGUGCCCACCUGUAAUGCCAUGUCCCGAAAACUGGACAAGCUGACGGUCCUGCGCAUGGCUGUCCAGCACAUGAAGACGCUCAGAGGUGCAGCAAACCCAUACACAGAGGCCAACUACAAGCCUUCCUUCCUCUCAGACGAUGAACUCAAGCACUUGAUACUAAGGGCUGCCGAUGGUUUCCUGUUUGUGGUUGGUUGUGAUCGCGGCAAGAUUCUCUUUGUUUCUGAAUCAGUCUACAAAAUUCUCAAUUACAGCCAGAACGACCUGAUAGGUCAGAGCCUGUUUGACUACCUUCACCCCAAGGACAUUGCCAAGGUCAAGGAGCAGCUGUCCUCUUCCGAUACAGCCCCACGAGAGAGGCUCAUUGAUGCAAAAACUGGUCUUCCAGUGAAGACAGACAUCACCCCCGGUCCAUCUAGACUCUGUUCUGGAGCCAGACGGUCAUUUUUCUGCAGGAUGAAGUGCAACAGACCCUCUGUCAAAGUAGAAGAUAAAGACUUUCCUUCCACCUGCUCUAAGAAAAAAGCCGAUCGUAAGAGCUUCUGCACCAUCCACAGCACAGGCUACCUGAAGAGCUGGCCUCCCACCAAGAUGGGUCUCGACGAGGACAACGAGCCUGACAAUGAGGGCUGCAACCUGAGCUGCCUGGUGGCCAUCGGCCGCCUGCACCCUCACAUUGUCCCCCAGCCCAGUCUGGCAGACAUCAGGGUGAAGCCUACAGAGUACGUCUCCCGGCACGCAAUCGAUGGAAAGUUUGUCUUCGUUGACCAGAGAGCCACGGCCAUCCUAGCCUACCUGCCUCAAGAGCUGCUGGGAACCUCCUUCUAUGAGUAUUUCCACCAAGACGACAUCGGCCACCUGGCAGAGUGCCACAGACAAGUGCUACAGAUGAGAGAGAAGAUCAACACCAACUGUUACAAAUUCAAGAUCAAAGACGGCUCCUUCAUCACGCUGAGGAGCCGAUGGUUCAGCUUUAUGAACCCCUGGACCAAGGAGGUGGAGUACAUCGUCUCCACCAACACUGUUGUGUCGUGUCCCAUGAUGGAACGAUCGGACUACCCUCAAUCUGCUGCCUCACCACAGAGUAUGGACAGUGUUCUCACCUCAGAAGUAGGUGGGGGGAGGCGAGCACUGCAGACGGUGCCUGGCAUCCCAGGUGGCACGCGAGCGGGAGCUGGCAAGAUUGGACGAAUGAUUGCGGAAGAAGUGAUGGAGAUCCAGAGGAUCCGGGGCUCCUCCCCUUCCAGCUGUGGCUCUAGUCCUCUGAACAUCACCAGCACCCCUCCACCCGACACCUGCUCCCCUGGGGGCAAGAAGAUUCAGAACGGAGGGACACCCGAGCUGCCGAGUACAGCGAUCAUUGCUGGACCUGAUUCUGUCGGCUACCCCUACUCCAACCAGUCCAUCAUGAGUGACAACUCCCACCUGAGCAUAGACAUAAUGGACGAGCCCGGUUCCAGCAGCCCCAGCAACGACGAGGCAGCCAUGGCGGUCAUCAUGUCCCUGUUGGAGGCGGACGCCGGCCUGGGCGGCCCCGUCGACUUUAGCGACCUGCCCUGGCCUUUGUGAGGAAGCUGGAAGGGAAGAAGGAGAGAGAGAGAGAAACAGAGAGAGAGAGACUUCCUCUUAGCACCAGAGCCACUGAUGGAGAGAGUUCGGUCAGGUUGAAUUCUGGCUGCCAUAUUUCCUGCCCUGUGCACACAACUACACUGCAAAAAAAUGUUCAUCUUAACAAAGGAUUUUUUUUAUUUUAACUGAAAUGCUGAGGUUUUUCCUUCUUGAUGUUAUUUAGUGCGGUUCAUUCUGGAUGACUCUCACUACUGUUCACUCCUGCUUUUCGAUUCAUCAUUCCCUGUAGGUGGACCUGCAGAAGGCGGAUUAUUAUAUAAAGAUCCUGCUCCAGAUGAUGUGUUAAGAUGAUCGUGUUUGCAGUGUUAGUUGUCUGUAGACGAGGGGUUCUCCGACAUUGCCACGGUGACAGUCCAGCAAAUGGAAUCGGAAGUUAUAGGUCUGCGGUGCUAACGUGUCUGAUGACGGACUGAUCUCUGUCUAUCAGUGGUUCUAGGCCCUGUCAUUGCCAGGUCAACAGCCAAUCCUGAGCCAACACCGGACUCCUGAGACUUUCACGGACAGUGGUUGAAGUUUGAUUUUGGGGCAGAGGGCGCUUGAUAUCUGCCUCCUACCACCACGGCCCUCUCAGCGUCUCUAACCGUACGUUCGAGUCUCCUCGUAGGACGCUGAUGCCGUACAAACGUGGUUACGGUGCACUCCCCCGAAACUGGCCGUGUUUUUAACCAGCCAAUCUCUAACACGGGAAAUGACAGAUUCAUUGGUAAUCCUCUGGAGAUUUGCCCGGAAGAUCCUUUAUUCCCUGAAUUCCACAGGCAGGUGUAUUUCAGUUCAUUUAAAUAAUGACAAAAUCCUCUGAAAAAGCCACAUAGCUGCUGUUUCCUCAACUAACAAGAACAUUAACAGCUUUUUCUCCGAGCUGCUCUAAAGGUAAUAUUCACUAAAUUAUAUUUUCCCAGGAGAGUAGAGCAGAUUCUGUAUUUAUCCUGAGUUUAAAACACAGUUUUAAACGUUCACUUCAAACAAAACUGAUCUGCCUAAAAGUACUUGCAGUAAGUAAUGAUGAUAAAUGAAAAUAUAAAUGUUAAAUCCAAAAAUAAUACUCAAAAAGCUUGUGUUUGCUGCAGCAAGUGAUUCACAUGACUUACUCAGCACCUAACCUGAUCUGAAAGAGACCGGAGGACACUCAGUUCAGGCUUCAGGUCCGAGGAGACCUGGGGAUAAUUAGGUCCAUUCCAAAAAUGUGUUUUGGUCCCAGUAGAGAAAGAACAUCAACACUGACUGACCCCUCUGUACACAUGAAUGGCACCAAAAAACAAUUAGCGACUUGGCUCUUCUCCAGGCCACGACUCCAACGUAACACAGCUGAAAGCUGAUGAGCUGUGUCCCACUUCAAUACUACAAACUCACUCUGAACAGGGUUUCCUUACGUGGUGUGUCCACAAUAGAAACAUAACAAAAUUACCACUUUAGAAAACUCAUCCAAACACAGUUUAAUUGAUGUCUGAUGUCUUAAGUAUUGUAUCAUUUCCUGUUAAUAUAAAACAUUUGAAUAUGUUUAUUUCUUAUAUACUAAAAACAGAAACAGUAUACUAUAAAGAUUUGAGUAUAGUACAUACUGUAUACAAUUAGGAAGUAGUAUGGAACUGAGAUACAGCUCUGGUGUCAGCCCAAGUAUAGACUGCCCAUCUCUCACCCAGUGCAUACUGGGAUAGGCUGCAGCCCCCAGCAGUCUUCUGAAGGAUAAGAGGGUAAAGACGAUGGACUGGUGGACCUCACAUCAAAAAAAAAAAAAAAGAGACUGACUCACAGACCUGAGACCAGCAGCAUCAUGAGUCCCUGCACAACCCAGUUAUCAGGUUAUCAGGGACCUGUGAGGACCUGUGUGGACCUGUGAGGACUGUGAGGACCUGUGUGGACCUGUGAGGACCGAUCUGCUGCUGCUUUGUUCUCUAACGUGUGUUCUCCUGCACGUUUUAGCUGCAAAAUCCCCAGAAGUCUUCACAGUGUUCACAGCGAGCUCUCAGCAGGAGGAGAGUGAACAGCAGGAGUGGUGCUCUGACGACUGUUGCGACAAAUAAUCCGACUUUAACAGAGAAAUUGAGGUUAACUUAAACCUGGUGGGAGCUGCACCUCGGUGCGCUGGUGUGCGAUACACUAGGUUUCCCUCUCCAGUCUCAGAAGAGCAAUUCAACUUCAAAUCACGACGAUUCACGAGGAAACGUUUCUCACUGCCAUUUUACUGAGGUCUGCUCCUCACACUGCUUUCUACAUCUCAGCACAGGCUGGCAGGCUAAUCAGCAUCAGCCUGUUGGAACAUAAAAACCUGGUGGUCUGGGUCACAGGGUCUCCUGCUCAUCUUCCAGCUAUACCAUAUGAAGCACUUAAGAUGCAGUUAGACUGUCAGUCGUUAAACUCCAUUUCCGAAAGAGAAGAACUGACCCUGGAUCAGUUUUCUGAUUCGGCACGGGGCCCUGAGUUAGCUUUUCUUUGCCUUUGUGAUAAGAACAUUUGAAAACCGGCCUAACUCUGUCGUCAGUGUCUGGGCUUGGAUUCAGCACCAGAAAAAUAAAAUCGGAAAAGGCCGCCCCUCUAACUCGUCUGGCUGGGAUUGGGAGAAGCUAAAAUAAAAUACCUCUGAAUUUAAUUCUACUGCAGCAAUGACAGAUUUACAUUAUGUAGAUUUUUGUACAAGAGUCCUACAGUUAAUCUUGAAUUUGGUCUGUUUAGCACUUAAUAAUACGCAGAUGUUCUGUGGCUACACGUAACUGUCAGUGCAACCUACCUUGUUAGCAGAGGAGGCUGUAAUGUAGAUGGAGGCGAUUACAGAAACGGAUAAAAGUCCUGGAGAUGGAGGCGACAGUGAUCCAGCAGAGUGGGGACUUUGUAACGGGGGGGACAGAGCUAAUGGACGUUCUCUGAUCACGUUCUGUGACAGAUAACAGGGUCACGAGGGACGUCCACGAGCGUCUCAGUGGAAUUUUUCAUUUCACUGGUCAUUUUUCCCUCCAUGAUGAUAAAUAUCCUCCACAUGACCUCUUCACCUCGCCAGCUCUCUGCCUCUCACACGCCUUUAUGUUACCAGAGUUUGAUCAGGGGUGGACAUGUUGAGAGAAGUCUCACUGGUCCUCCUGUCUGCCUGCAUGGGAAGAAGAAGUCCUUUUGAGACAAGAAAUACAUGGAUUUACCAGAUUAUACUGGAACUUUGAAACACUGUGUGCCUCCUAUUUAUUUUCAUUACAUUCGAGUCACAGAGCAAACAAAUAUUUAUCCUGUGAUUAAAAUGUAAAAGAAAAAAAAAAGACAGAUGGAAAUUCUUAACCGGUCUGGCCCCUCACUCGUUUUGUACAACACACGGAAAUAAAAAUGUUAUUUUAUAUGAAAAUAGAGAAAAGUGUUAGCAUGAAGGCCUGUCUUUUCUCAGGCAGCUUCUUGUUGUGACUGAUGGAUCCUCUCACAUAAAGAGAGUUUUCUGCCAGACUUUGAACAGUUCUGGUUAUUUCAGCACCAAUGUUACUGUUACUGUUUAAAACUUAAAUGUUAAUUUUCCCAUCUUCAGUUUUGACUCUUUAUUUUGUCAUGACUAUUUAAUGUCAUACAAAAAGACUUAGGAACCACAUUUUCAGGGCCUUUAAAAUAGGUGAAUAUAGCUGAUAAUAAUCUUUUACAUUUCAGUUGCUUGGUUACUGUCUUAGUUUGUUUAGUAUUGUAGGAAUUUAUCUCUCAGAAAAUCGGAUGCCCUGUGACUCGAAUGUGAUGAUAAGAAGCGUGAGGCACAAAGUGGGAAAAUGGAAGUCAAACAUUUUCUCUCCAUGCAGGCAGGAAGAGUUUCAUCUCUGUUCUUGACAUCAACCAGUUGCGGCUGAACAUUCGGGCCCUGUUUAAAACGAGAUUCUGUCCAGCCAGAGAUGCAAAAUGGUGCGAGUCAGGUUACCCCUGGGUUAGUACACAGGACUCAGCCCCCUCCUCCCCCAUAUCCUCCCCUCCUCCCCCUGAGGCAGCAGCAGCUGGUGAGGUCCCCUCUGUAUCUGUUCCAGUGGUUUUCUGUUUCAAUGUUUUUACACUACACACUACGACAAAGUGUUUCCCUUGUUGAUAUACCCCCCCCACCUGACAAUAAUGUAUCAAAUCUUUAAAUAUUAUCAUGUUAAGAGUAUACUUUAUGCAAAUAUAUAUGAGUAUGAUGAGUGUAUUGUAUGUAUCAGCAGUGAAAUAUUUUUAAAAUAAAACUAU